GUUUUAUUUUAUUUUUUUGCGCAGGCGCAGUGGCACCUCGCUACCACAACACAGUCACACAGCAACGGCAGCUUCCGGUUCCGGUGUUUCGCUCUGUGUUUACAGCUACAGGUUAGCAACUUGAGAGCAAGUUUACAAUCGUUAAAAGUUAACCAUUAACCCUUAUCUUGUAAUAAUUCGCAGAAAGUGAGGCAGCCAGUUUAAAAAAAGACAACGGAUAAUCAAUUACGAGGCUGUUACAGUGUUAAUUUGGGCUCAUUUAACUUGGACAUAAUGUAAUGCUGACCAGUCACUAGGGUUUGACAACAGCAGGUUGAAAUAAAUAAACAUUAAAAACGGGAUCUUAAUUAUUUAAAAAAAAGGCGCGUACAUUUUUUUAGCCGUACAAACAAAGCGAUAUGUUAUAUGAUGCGGUACCUCGUGUACACUGAAGUUACCGACCGUAUUCACUCGCACGGUCAGUAUAGUCCCUGACUUGAGACUCGUAAUUCAGUCCAAGCAGGUGACCCUGUCUCAGUCAAAACAAGACAUUUCAGUAUGACGGGAAAACUGUGACUAAAGAACUGGAACGAGAAGCCGGACCGUGCAAGAAGGAACCGGAGGAAGCAGGUCUCAUAUUCUGGGAUAGUCCGCUGGGGCUGCUGACAUGUCCGUACCCUCACCGGUCCAAAUCAAAGAGGCUAACGCGCACCUCGCCGCGGUGCACCGGCGUGUGUCAGAGCUGGAGCGGCGGCUGGCGGCGGCGGAGAACACGGUGCGGGAACAGGCGGAGAGUCUGAUCCGAAAAGAUGAGCAGCUGCGGGCCGCCACUCAGGAAAUCACAGAGGCCAAGGACAGGGAAAUCACUUUCUUGCAUGAAAAGCUGUGCAGCUCAGAGGAGACUAUUCAGAAGUUCCAGUGCAUCAUCAAAGAGAAAGACGGUUUGAUCUUGCAGCUGAGACACAGGAGCCAGAUACUGAACAACAUCUGCAAGAGCCGCCCCCUGCUGGACAGCAUGCUCUCCUACAUCGCGGAGGCUGAGCGGCUGGGCUCAGUGGCUGGGGGAGGGGACACAGUGAUGAGCAUGUCUAUUGCGGAUGAGCUGGCUCAUUCAAACUGUAGCUCCAACAGACUUGUGAACCACAAGGAUUUCUCACUCAGCGAGGAUGACAUUGACGAGCAGGACCUGGAUGGAACCAUGUUUGGGACAACUGUAUAGAGUUGAGCAGGCAAGUGAGCAGCUGCUACCACCGGUCAUGUAUAGCUGUAGUCAAAGGAUUUGCAUCACCUUGAAUUCUAGGACGUAAUUGGAAAAAAAAAAAAAAAAAAAAAAAAAAAACCAACUAUAGGAACAUAAUUUAGAUCUUUUAUUUAUCAUGUAAUCAAAUAAACUAUACAAUUAUAUUGCAAAAGUCUACCGGAAGCCAUAAUAGUAGUACAGUAUUUCUAGACUUUGAAAUGUCACUUUUUUUUUUCGUUAAGAAUAUGUAAGUGCAACAUGACUCAGCAGGUUUCAUUCGGCUUGAUGAAGCAAAAUUCGUUCAUUCUAGAGGGGUGAUGCAGAACCUUUGGCCAGAGCUGUAGGGGCUUUGGUACAUUCCAACAGCUUCUCUUGAACAGCCACUUAGGGCCAAAAGGUAAGACUCCUGAAUGGCCCUGGUCUGUGGCCCAUAAGUGCAGUCCAAGGCACACACAGCGGGCAACAGUGUGCUUGCAAUGGGCUGCGGCCCGUGCGCGGGAGAAAACUGCCAGCUGCACGCAGCUAGACCAACAUCUCAAAAGAAAACAAAAAAAGAAGUCUGCUGUAUGAUUCUGUCUUUCAGGUUUUUUUUUUUUGUAUCUAGUUCUAGCACACAAAGAAAGUUGCAAUUACUGUAUAUAAAUAUAAAUAUCUAUAUUUUAAUACAUUUUUUUUAAAAGCUUUGUUUGUUCCACUUAAAGGGGACUUUUCAAUUGUGGUGCAUUCUGUAGCAAUGUGGCUGCAGAAAUCUGUGCCGUUACAGCAAUACCAUUGUUUUUUUUUUUCACUUUGUUUAUGUGAAGCUGGCCCUGCAUAUCUUUACCCAUACCACAGGCUGUUAUAACUGAUCAUUGAAAGCAGUUUUCUUUUUUAUCUUUUAAAUUGGUAAACUUCAGAUCUAGGUCUUAAAAGCACUUGUUUGGUUAUAGGGAUUGGGUAAAGUAAACUAUGUGGUUAUUUUUUUUUAAAUAGUUAAAUCUAUAUUUUUGUUUUAACUUCUUUUUUUUCUGGGUCAUUUAUAAAUAUACUACUUUGGGGGGAAACUUGCACCAAUGUGCACCAUUUUUGAAAAUUCUUAUAUAUAUAUAUAUAUAUAAUUUAAAGGGUACUAUUAUUUUGUAUAAUAUUUAUGUUAACAGCAGUUAUUGGGGAUAUAUAUAUAUAUAUAUAUAUAUAUAUAUAUAUAUAUAUAUAUAUAUAUAUGUGUGUGUGUGCACUAAAUCUUCUUGCAUAUUGGGUACCAUUGACCACUAUUCCAAUAUUUAGCAUUUUGACAAAACAGAACUAAAGCCUGCUGUUGUGCAACUCUCAGCUCAAACACCUCUUACUUUGGUGCUGAUUAUGAAGGUAAUGUCAGUUUAGUACAUACAUACAUACAACAAGUUCACUUGUGUCUAGCGUUCAAUGUGUUUAUGUGCUUCAUAAAAAACAAAAAGCACAUUGCCUUCCUAAAGCACUGGUUUUCAACUCUUAACCUUCAGGGACCCCAGUACCAAAUAUUUAAUAUUUAUCAGCUUUCCCGUCUGUAACUAGAGAUUACUGUAUGAUCUUUUAUGACUAAAUUAAAAAGAAACUGCAGAAACAGUAAACUCAAAACGGUACUACAAGAGAUCUACAUAACAUUUUGUAUAAUGUUCUGGUUUUAAUAACAGAUCACGGUUCGGGGUGCAUGAGGGGCAGAUUUGAGAACCUGUGUUCAGCACAGAUUGUCUAGUUGCUUCAGUGAAGCAGAAACUAUGCAACUUGUACCUUUUGACUUUAGUCUGUCUUUUAGUAUGUUGCUUCAGGUUUAGUGAUUCCGUUUCUCAAAUAGAGAAGCAAAAGGGUAACCCGCGUUAACCCGAGGGGUCUCGCUUCGAUAUCUGGGGUCCCUUUCUAAUUCCUGCCCUUCUGGUAGCCUUAAAUUGCACCUUUAAUGUUUGAAACCUGGGUCACCAUUUUUGAUUCCGUUCACGGUCACCAAAAACCUGUCCAUUCCGCUCUUCAGAGCAACACUGCUAGAUUCUAGGAUUGUUGUUUAAGCUGUGAAUGAUUUGCACAUCGAAUGUUACGAUUUCAUUUUGAAUGAACAUCUUGUCUCAUUGUCAGAGGGCGGCACCUCGUACAUUCUGCAUGCUCUGCUGCAAACAUAACGAAAGAUGGUCUUUAAAAAUGUAAUUUUACUGAAAGCAGUCACAUUGCUUUGCAUCACUACUCCUCAUGCACCGGUAUUGCAUUGAAGUAACCCCUUCUCGUUUAGACCCCAGCGAGAGUGUUUGUGAGAAUGGACUUGAACAGCAGGGGCACACUCUUAUCUUCAGUCUACUAAACGCUCCGCACUUAUCCAUUAUAAACCGCAUAUAUCAGAUGUAAUCAAUGUAGUACGGCAGUGUUCUUUUGUAAUUUCAAGAAACACUUCACGCAUUAACCAUCUAUAAAGGAGUAUUUUUGUAUUGUAUAUUUAAGGUGGCCUAUACCGACCAAGGAAGCAAGAAAUAUUACACAUACAGGUCUGAAUGCAAACGGUUCACUUGCUUGAGCUUUAAUCAUGUAUGUAGAUGCCUUUAAAUGUACCAGGCAUUGCCUUAGUAACUGGACUGUAGUUGGAAACCAUGCAAGAGUGUAGACUGGUAGCCGACAGUACCUCAGACUGCAGUCCAUGUGUUAGACAGCAGAAUGAAGCAAUGCACAAGGUGUUCGGUGGUAGAGGUGUAUUAUACUUAGGAAGGCACUUCUGGGAUAUUGUAGAAAUGCU